CUAAACCUCUCGACCUCAGGCCAUCCAGGUGAUAAGUGACCUCUGCUCCACCCCAGAGCGUCCCCGGCUCUCUUCAUCAUGAUCUUCCCGCCUCGAUGGCUUCUCAAGGACCUCUCAAGGUUGGCGUUGCCGUAGUGUCGAUUCUGGUCGCGUUGGUCGCGGUUUUCUACUCUUUGCUUGCCGGGCUGCCGCUGCCCUCGCCAGCCUCCAAGGUGGCUACCGCCCUCUCCAGAUUCAGAUCUCAGAGCGGGUGCUCGAGCACCAAUGUGACGAUGUCUUCCAGGCCACCUGUCUAUUUCUUUAGCCAUGGAGGUCCAGAUGUCAUGUACAAUAAGGAACAUGCUGUUUAUCCGGUACUCCAGGGUAUCGGGAAAGAGAUUACACAGAAGGUGAAGCCAAAGGCGGUUGUCGUCUUCAGCGCGCACUGGCAAGCCAAGUCCAAUCUCAUCCAGGUCAAUAAUGCCGUCGAGAACGACCUGAUAUACGAUUUCUACGGAUUCCCGGAUUACAUGUACGAAGCUCGAUACCCCAGCAAUGGAGACCCAGUACUAGCAACCCAUAUCUUGGACUUGCUCUCGUCAGCGGGCAUCAAGGCUGAAGGUGUUAAACGAGGACUAGACCACGGAGUCUGGGCCGGGUUCCACGUCGCAUUCGAUCCGGUUGAAAAUCCCCUCAACGUGCCCCUGGUUCAAGUCUCUCUCUUCAAGUCUGAGGACCCAGACCAGCACUACCGCCUUGGGCAGGCCGUCUCUUCUCUUCGAGACCAAGGUGUUGUCAUAAUUGGCGCAGGGAUGUCGGUUCACAAUCUUCGGGACAUGUGGGAUGUUAUGACUUCAGACGACCCCACGCGGCCCCUUCCAUACGCUGUUUCUUUUGACAAUGCGCUGAAAGAGGCCGUGGAGGCGCCAGUGGAACAGAGGCAAAUGAUGCUGGCCGCCAUUUGUGGCCGUCCUGACGCCAAGAAAGCUCACCCGUGGAUGGAUCAUCUGAUGCCGGUUCACGUCGCCGCUGGUGCUGCUGAGCCGGAUGUUGGAAAGCAAGUAUGGACGUUACAGGAGGGAAAUUUUGCCUGGGCGCAAUAUCGCUUUGGGCAAGUUACCGAUGGGGAACCCUAAAAGCUGGUAGUGAUUUCGGUCCGUCCACGAGUUCCUGCUGUCUCUCCGCACUAGGUCGGCCAGGCUACCUGACCAAAUCUUGUUCCACUUGAAAGCCCAAAUGAAGUUGGAUCCAUACAGGAAUCACAUAAAAGCCUAAUCCAUGCUGCAUAUUGCAGGUGCAUACGCCCUGUUCUUGUACUUCAACUGAUUACGGAAGAGUUCCAGCCUAUGUAGGUGGAAAAGCCACCGGAACGGAACAGGAGAAGUCAAGAAAAGUUCAAAGCCCGCGCGCGGUUGCCACCUUCACAGUUCCAACCCGUGAGCGCACCAGGAGAUAGGACCCCUCUCCAGUUCUCGGCAUCUCAGGGUUUUGCUGACACCUUUCAAUCAGCCCUGUCGAAGAAGAUGAAGUCGGCGGCCCCCCGCCCCAGCACAAGGCGCAUAUCUUCAAAUGGACCCGGCUAUGGGGGCCAUUGUCGAUCCGGGUUUCAAGAAGGGCUUGCUCCAUGUCAAGUACACAGUUUUUGCGCGACUCGGAUUACACUUAGAGCUCCAAAAUGAUUGCCGUCGGAUCCAGGGAAGAGGUCUAAGGAGUGAAAAGAGAUGACCUCUUCCAAGACUCCACACAGGGCUUGCCAAUCGAGUUGUGGGUGGCAAUUCUCAGCUUGGUCACCCAACCAAGGACGCUCGAGCCGUUGUGCAUGAAUCCCCAAUAUUUUCUAUAUAUGUUGUGCACCUGGGCAUUCGAGAGUGAUGCCUCGUCGGCCCCUGAGUUCAGAUAAUUUGCCAGUUUUCUAAAGUGCCAAAUAGAAAUUCAAACAGAGUAGCCACCGUGUCUGAAAGCUUAGUGCAAUGCCUGAAGUGCCGGUGGAGGCGUUUUCCGCCGUUCGAUUUUCCUAUUUCAGCGUGACACGAAUUCCCUUGCUCCCAG